GUUUGUUCUAUUUCAGUACCCUCUGCUGCACCAGCAAACUUCACUUUAAGCUCCAGUUCUCCUCUUUCACUAACUGCAUCAUGGGAUGCCAUACCUGUCAAGCAACAACAAGGAAAGCUUCUGGGUUACCAAGUCUUCUACACGAAGGAGGGACCUGGCAAUGAACAAAAUGGGACUGUUGGACCAGAUCAGCUCAAUUACACAAUUAUGGACCUUGAGUUUGCCAGUUACUCUGUUAGAGUAGCUGGGUUUACUGCAGUCGGUAUUGGCAAUUCCACUGUGGUACUGACAAAAACGCCCAAUGAAGGAGGUUAG